AUGUCUCUUCCCAAGGACUUCCUCUGGGGCUUUGCCACCGCCUCCUACCAGAUCGAGGGUGGUGCUGACCAGGACGGCCGCGGGCCGUCCAUCUGGGACACCUUCUGCGCCAUCCCCGGCAAGAUCGCCGACGGCAGCUCGGGCGCCGUUGCCUGCGACUCGUACAACCGCUGGCGCGAGGACAUUGAGCUGCUUCAGAAGGUCGGCGCCAAGGCCUACCGCUUCUCCAUCUCCUGGUCCCGUGUGAUCCCCCUCGGUGGCCGCAACGACCCUGUCAACCAGAAGGGUCUCGACUUUUACGUCCAGUUCGUCGACGCGCUGCUGGCCGCGGGCAUCACGCCCCUCGUCACACUCUUCCACUGGGACCUGCCCGAGGGUCUCGAGCAGCGCUACGGCGGUCUGCUGAACCGCACCGAGUUCCCCCUCGACUUUGAGCACUACGCCCGCACCGUCUUCGCCGCUCUGCCCAAGGUCAAGCACUGGAUCACCUUCAAUGAACCCUGGUGCUCGUCCAUCCUCGGCUUCAACACGGGUUUCUUCGCCCCCGGCCAUACUUCGGACCGCACCAAGUCGGCCGUCGGCGACAGCGCUCGCGAGCCUUGGCAGGUCGGCCACAACAUUCUGCUGGCCCAUGGCCGCGCCGUUCGUGCGUACCGCGCCGACUUCAAGCCCGCCAGCAACGGCGGUGAGAUUGGCAUCACCCUCAACGGCGACGCCACGUACCCGUGGGACCCCGAGGACCCUGCCGACGUCGAGGCCUGCGACCGCAAGAUUGAGUUUGCCAUUUCCUGGUUCGCCGACCCCAUCUACUUUGGCCACUACCCCGAGUCGAUGCGCAAGCAGCUGGGCGACCGCCUGCCCGAGUUCACCGAGGAGGAGCGCGCGAUCGUGCAAGGGUCCAACGACUUUUACGGCAUGAACCACUACACGGCCAACUACAUCCGCCACAAGACGACGGAGCCCGCCGAGGACGACUUCUUGGGCAACUUGGAGACGCUCUUCGAGGACAAGAACGGCAACAGCAUCGGCGAGGAGACGCAGUCCUUCUGGCUGCGUCCGCACCCGCGCGGCUUCCGCGACCUGAUUGUGUGGCUGAGCCGCCGCUACGGCAACCCCAAGAUGUACGUGACCGAAAACGGCACGAGCAUCAAGGGCGAGAACGACCUGAGCCCCGAGGCCGUCGUCAACGACGACUUCCGCGUGCGCUACUUUGACGGCUACGUGCGCGCCCUGGCCGACGCCGUGCGCGAGGACGGCGUCGACGUGCGCGGCUACAUGGCCUGGUCGCUGAUGGACAACUUUGAGUGGGCCGAGGGCUACGAGACGCGCUUUGGCGUGACCUAUGUCGACUACGCCAACGGCCAGAAGCGCGUGCCCAAGAAGAGCGCCUUCUCGCUCAAGCCGCUGUUUGACAGCCUGAUCAAGACGGAGUAA